GGUCGAGAUGCAGUGUUGCACUGUGGAGAUCAGAGAUCCUGAGGGAAAGAAGAACCCAUCAAAUCCCGCUCAGGAGCUGUUUUUCAGGAGAAUCCCUUGGGAAGAUCAAAGUCAGGACACCUCAGGAGGAGAGUCUUGUGUCUUUCGAGGAGGUGGCUGUGUAUUUCUCUGAGGAGGAAUGGUCUCAGCUGGAUCCUAACCAAAAAGCGCUGCAUUCGGAAGUCAUGCUUGAAAACCAUCAGAACGUGGUCUCUCUGGGUAAUAAUGGGCAGGCGAAUCAAGAUUCCUCUGAACUGUUCCAAGCGAUCAAUGCUAAAGAUGGAAGGGAGAAGUUUGGAAUUCGAAUGGAAAUUGAAAGCCAUGAUAGAAACCAGUCAAAUGAUUGGAAUCAGGAAAGCUCAUCUUCCAUCGAUGCUCUGAUGCAAGACUUUCUUGCCCAACAGGAGAAACUAAGGGAAAAAUAUACUGGAAAAAGUGUGAAGUUAAUCAAAGCUAAAUUACAAGUAAAAGAACACAAUUUAACCCAAAACCAAGGAGAAGAUGCUAUAAAAAGACAUUACAAUGGGAAAUUCAUUCUUUCUCUUGGAAAUAAGUCCCUUAAAUCUCAAAAAGUGAUUGACACAAAAGAGAAACCUUAUAAAUGUUUGGAAUGUGGAACAUUUUUCAGAACAAGCAGGCAACUUACUUCCCAUGAAAGGAUUCACACAGGGGAGAAGCUAUACAAAUGUAGAGAAUGUGGUAACAGGUUCACAAGGUGUAGUAGUCUUAUUUCCCAUAAAAGGAUCCAUUCAGGAGAGAAACCAUAUAAAUGCAUGGAGUGCAAAAAGACCUUUGCUGAAAGAGGUAAUCUUAUUUCCCAUAAAAGGAUCCAUUCAGGAGAGAAACCAUAUAAAUGCAUGGAGUGCGGAAAGACCUUUGCUAAAAGAAGUAAUCUUACUUCCCAUAAAAGUAUCCACUCAGGAGAGAAGCCGUAUAAAUGUACAGAGUGUGGAAAGACCUUUGCUCGAAGAGAUAAUCUUAUUUCCCAUGAAGUGAUCCACACAGGGGAGAAGCCAUAUAAAUGCAUGCAGUGUGGGAAAAUCUUUACGCAAAGCAGUGGACUCAGUAGCCACAAAAAGAUCCACACAGGAGAAAAGCCGUAUAAAUGCAUGGAGUGUGGAAAGACCUUUACUCACAACAGUAAUCUCAGAAUACACAAAAGGAUCCACACAGGGGAGAAGCCAUUUAAAUGCAUGGAAUGUGGAAAGACCUUUGCUCAAAUUGGUCAUCUUAUUUCCCAUAAGAUGAUCCACACAGGGGAGAAGCCGUAUAAAUGCAUGGAGUGUGGGAAAACCUUUACUCGUAGUAGUGGUCUUACUAUGCACAAAAAGAUCCACACAGGGGAAAAGCCGUAUAAAUGCAUGCAGUGUGGGAAAACUUUUAGGCAUAGCAGUGGACUCAGUAACCACAAAAAGAUCCACACAGGAGAAAAGCUGUAUAAAUACAUGGAGUGUGGGAUAACCUUUACUCAAAGAGGUAAUCUUAUUUCCCAUAAGGUGAUCCACACAGGGGAGAAGCCGUAUAAAUGCAUGGAGUGCAGAAAGACCUUUGCUCAUAACAGUAGCCUAAGAAUACACAAACGGAUACACACAGGGGAGAAGCCGUAUAAAUGUGUGGAGUGUGGAAAAUGCUUUGCUCAGAGUGGAUGUCUGUCUUCUCAUAAUUGGAUCCAUGCUCGUGAGAAACUAUAUAGCAAUAGUAAUUCCUCUUAGACUUUUAUACCAAUCCACAAUGCUUUACAAUACUAUCUGAGCAGUUUACAAAGUCCCCAGCAGCCUACAUCCUCAUUUUACCGACCUCAGAAGGAUGAAAGGCUGAAUCAACCAUGAGCCUGUCCGAAUCAAACUCCUGGCUGUGGGCAAUUAGCCUGUAGUACUGUAUUCUAGCCAUUGCCCCACCAUUUCUAUAGCUUUUUAUGUAUAUGCAUAUUAUGCCUUUCUGAUCCAAAUGAGAUAAGGUUGAAUCCA